AUGACGUACAAGCAGCAGAAGAGGCAGUGCAUGAAGGAUGGCCCUGUGUCCUACUUUAUAGAGGGCGAUCCUCUAACUCAGGGAUGUCCAACAGGUCGAUCGCGAUCUACUGGUAGAUCCCCGGGAGGUUUUGGUCGAUCACGGUCGAUCGCUGAGUCCCUUUCCGCCCCUGCCCCCUCACUCUGCCCUCCAUUGUUGCACGAUCUGCAGAACGGAAGACGGAGUUUCCUCAGUGAGAUUGCUUCCCCAGCGAUCUGUUGGUGAGUGGCUGUUUCUCUUGGUCACCCCCCCCAACAGGAUCUUCCUUCAGGUCAACAACUUUGACCUGAACCCCCCAAAAAUGGGACUUCCCUUCCCCAAAAAGGUCAACAACUCUGACCUGUACACCCCACUGCCAGUUUUUAAUUAUGUGAGUAGAUCGCAGUCUCUUGGGGGUGGGCCACCCCUGCUCUUACUGAAGGAGUCUUCUAUUUGAAAGGUUACGGGGGCAAAGUCUACAUUUCAAGAUGGAAGAACCAUGA